AUGAACCGAAACCGUAAUGUCAAUAAACAAAACGGUCAUUUGAAACCAGGCCAAAAACCGUCGGAUCUACGUGGCAAGAAUGCGCCACCUUAUAUGGAAAAGGAUACGUUGUUGGGAAAGGAGAAGAGUUUUAUGGUUGAGAAAAUGAUUGCUGGCGGAGGAUUCGGACAGGUUUAUCGGGCGAGAAAUUUGGUAAGGAUUAGCAGACACUGGAGAAGAAGUGGCUGUAAAAGUGGAACGAGCCGGAACGAACGACUCUCAACGAAUGAUUCUAGAAUCGAAAGUUUGGAUGAAAUGCUUGGAAUCAAACAUUUUCCCAUCGUUUAUUACAUUGGACCUCAUUCCACAUACAAUUUCAUUGUGAUGCAAAUGUUGGGCAAGAAUUUGGGAGAUAUCCGAAAGUUGUUGCCAACGAAAAGGAUUUCCAUUCAUUCGGCGGUCAGAAUUGGGAUUCAGAUCGUCGAAGCCCUCUCCCUGUUGCACGGAAAAGGCUGGCUCCACCGUGAUCUGAAACCCACGAACUGCUGUUUGGGUCUCGACGAGAAACGUAAAACCGUAUACCUAGUCGACUUUGGAAUGUCUCGAAAGUUCCGAAACGAUGAUGGAAGUCAUCGAGACAGUCGUCACUACUGCGGAUUCCGUGGCACAACGAGAUAUUGCUCAUACCGGAUGCAUGAUCGUCGUGAGCAGGGACCAGUUGAUGAUUUGUGGUGUUUGUACUAUUCGAUGGCUGAAUUGAUCGAAGGAUAUUUGCCAUGGCGUGAUGUGGAAUCGGUGGAUGAAAUGGCUCAGAUGAAGAAGAUUUUGAAGCAUGAGAUGAUCUUUCCAACCAUGCCUUCUCGAUUCGCCAGUUUCGACCGUAACCUUCGUCGCCUCCGUCAGACUUCCAGUCCGGAUUACGUGAAAUUCCAGAAUAUUCUGGCGAGCUGUAUAAAGUUUGUCGACAACAACGCCGAAUUCGAAUGGGAUGUGUUGGGUGUUUAA